AGUUUCGCUCCGACCGUCGUCCCGCACGCAGAGAGAGCGUCGCCGUGGGUGUUAAUCGCGCUCCUCGUCCCGUCUUUCGAACGUCGGAAGUGCCAGCCGCAGAUGACGGUGUCGCGCUUCGCGCUUCCGCCUGGACUUUCCUGCGACUUCGACGCCGAACCUACGAUUGCAUAGAAUUCAACCAAACUCGAUUCGCAUUCACCUAGACCGACACACCGGGUGAUGCAUCUGCCACUAUCAGUGCAAAGCUGCAACGUUUCCGAAGAAGCGUGGCCGAAAUCCGCCAUGUGCGAGCCGACUACCGUCUACCAACAGAACCCGGAGUUCUACUGGUUCGAGCACCGCGUCCACGAGAUCCAGGCCGAGCAUCCCGGCGAGCUGGUGCGCACCGGCAGCCCGUACGUCCUGUGCACGCAGCUGCCUAACCACUGGCGGUCCAACAAGACGCUGCCGGUGGCGUUCAAGGUGGUGGCCGUCGGCGACGUCGGCGACGGCACCAUCGUCACCAUAAGGGCGGGCAACGAUGAGAAUUGCUGCGCGGAGUUGAGAAACUCCACCGCCGUCAUGAAGAAUCAGGUCGCCAAGUUUAACGAUUUGCGAUUCGUCGGUAGAAGUGGAAGGGGGAAAUCUUUCUCCAUCACCAUCACCAUAUCGACCAGUCCCCCUCAAGUAGCUACCUACAUGAAAGCUAUAAAAGUUACCGUCGAUGGACCGCGCGAGCCCAGAUCAAAAACCAGUGUACAGCAUCAAGCUUAUAGGACAGUAGGAAUAGGUCAGAGACAAUUUUUGGACACGUCGUUUUCGCAUUUAAGAGACUUAGAAGUGUACAAAAAUAAAAGUGUGCGUAGUUCGGAGGGAUCGUUGAACUCCUAUAAACAGGAAACCUCAGACGAAAAUCCGAGCAGUACUACGCACUGUCCUUCGAGCUCCUGGCCAGAAUACACCAAUUCGUACGCACCCUACAGUCCACAAACAAAUUAUUACGAUCCACAUCAGGAUUCGACGCACGUCCCGCCCAUACACCUCCCGACAGUUCUUCCAGACUCCAGUUCCCAAGAGUACAUCCACACGUCGCUGACGUCCCCGCCGCCAAUCUUCAACAAAACCGACCUGGACAUGAUGAGCACCAGGUAUUCGGACAGCAACACGUACAACCCGAACAACUGGCCGGCCAGUCCAGCCGCCUACAACAACAACUACUACAAUCAACAGCAAUACCUGAACCACCCGCCGCCCUCGGUCGUCGUCUACCCGGCGGCGGUCUAUUCGACGACCGUGAACCAAAGCCAAAUCCACUUCCACUGGCACCAGCCCAACGACAAGCUCGACUCGUACAAAAGCGAGCCCUACAUCAAGGGCGAGCAGUACUUGGACACCGCCAGUCUGACCAAUCCCCAGCGCUUAGAGACUGUACAAACUAGUGAAGUGGUGCACGCACACGUCGAUCCUCUGAGGAUCGACGAUUCGGAACGAACCGCACAGUCCCAAAAUGAUCCUUCCGUUUGGAGGCCGUACUGAUCGAUUUUAAGUUUAUUUAUUAUUGUAAUAUA